AUGCUUAAUAACAAACCGCAAGGGAAUUUGCCUAGUAAUACUGUGGUAAAUCCUAAAGAGAACUGUCAAGCAAUUUUGUUGAGGAAUGGUAAGCAAGUGGAGCAGCCCAGUGUACAAAAGUCAGUGGUUCAGAAUGAAGAGUUGGGUGAGAAAUCAGAUACAAAAGCGAAUGGGGUUACUGAAGACCACCAGGAGGUAUUCAAAAAGCUGCACAUCAAUAUUCCAUUUGCUGAGGCAUUAGAGCAGAUGCCUAGUUAUGUCAAAUUUAUGAAAGAGAUUCUGUCCAAGAAAAGGAAGUUGGAAGAUUAUGAGACGGUGGCGCUCACUGAAGAAAGACUUGGUUUGGGGGAGGCUAGUCCUACAACAGUCACAUUACAGUUAGCAGAUCGUUCAGUGAAACACCCCAGAGGAAUCAUAGACGAUGUCCUUGUUAAAGUGGACAAGUUCAUUUUUCCGGCAGAUUUCAUAGUUCUGGAUAUGGAGGAGGAUAUGGAUGUACCUAUCAUUCUGGGCAGGCCAUUUUUAGCUACUGGGCAGGCUUUAAUUGAUGUGCAGAAAGGUGAACUGACACUUCGAGUUCAGGGUGAAGAAGUGGUAUUCAACGUGUUUAAGGCUGUAAAGUUUGCAAAUGUCAAUGAUAGCUAUUUCAAAGUUGACAUGGUAGAGAAAGCGGUGGCAGAAAUUAAUCUUACAGAGGAUUCACUUCAGAAGAGCUUGACAAUUGGGGAUAUAGAUGCUGAUUUAGACAGUGAGGUCCAAGAGUGUGUACAGUGGAUGAAUUCUAAAGGGCCGAUUUAUCAGCGGAAAUAUGAAGAUUUGGGCCAAGGACCUGAAAGACCAUUACCAUCAGUUCAGAAACCUCCAGAGUUGGAAUUGAAAUCAUUGCCUGCACAUCUUCGCUAUGCUUUUCUGGGUGAGAAGGAGACUUUACCAGUCAUUGUGUCUUCUUCUCUUUCUAAUGAGGAGAUGGAAAAACUGUUCCGGGUGUUGAGAACCCAUAAGUUGGCAAUUGGAUGGACGUUGGCAGAUAUUCAGGGAAUAAGUCCAUCCACAGUUAUGCACAAGAUCUUGAUGGAAGAUGACAGUAAGCCCUCUAUUGAAGCACAACGUCGAUUGAAUCCAGCAAUGAAAGAGGUGGUAAGGAAGGAGAUCUUGAAGUGGUUAGAUGCUGGGGUGAUCUAUCCUAUUUCAGACAGUAGUUGGGUGAGUCCAGUUCAGGUAGUCCCUAAGAAAGGAGGGAUUACAGUGGUGAAGAAUGACAAUAACGAACUUAUCCCAACGCGUACCGUAACUGGUUGGAGGAUUUGUAUAGAUUAUCGUAAACUGAACAAAGCAACCAGAAAAGAUCACUUUCCACUGCCUUUCCUUGAUCAGAUGAUAUUAAAGCAGAAAUUGGUGUCGGCACCUAUAGUAAUUUCACCAGAUUGGGACCAGCCAUUUGAGUUAAUGUGCGACGCGAGUGAUUUUGCAGUGGGUGCGGUUCUGGGGCAGCAUGUUGACAAAGUAUUUCGGACUAUUUAUUAUGCCAGCAGAACACUAAAUGGCGCUCAGUUGAAUUAUGCCACCACUGAGAAGGAGCUUCUUGCCAUUGUAUAUGCAUUCGAUAAAUUCAGGCCGUAUUUGAUGGGGAACAAAGUUAUUGUGUAUACUGAUCACUCAGCAAUCAGGCAUCUUAUUGCUAAGAAAGAUGCUAAACCCAGACUUAUUCGUUGGGUACUUCUUUUACAAGAGUUUGAUAUGGAGGUUCGGGAUAAGAAGGGUACUGAGAAUUUGGUAACGGAUCACUUAUCAAGACUUGAGUUGGGGGAUAAGUCAGAACUUGCUGCAGGAGAGAUUAAUGAGAGUUUCCCAGAUGAACAAUUAUUUGCAGUGGAAGAUGAGUUAGUGCCAUGGUUUGCGGAUUAUGUGAAUUAUUUGGCAGCCAACAUAGUGCCACCAGAAUUUGUAGGGCAGAGAUUGAAAAAGUUUUAUCAUGAUGUGAAGAACUACUACUGGGAUGAUCCUUUCUUAUUCAAACAAUGUCCGGAUUUGAUUAUCAGAAGAUGUGUGCCUGAAAGAGAAAUGAAGGACAUCUUGUUUCAUUUCCAUGCAUCACCGACUGGUGGACAUUUUGGGGGAGCAAGGACUGUUGCAAAGGUCCUUGAAUGUGGAUUUUAUUGGCCUACUCUGUAUAAAGACAGCUAUGACUAUGUGAAACGGUGUGAUUGUUGUUAA